UUUCGCAUAAAUUCUGAAGACAAUUUGAAUCUGAAUUUUCCACUCGCUUUCUUUCGUAUCCUUCUGCACGCGCAAUUGCCAGUUUGGACUUUGGACGCGUUGGCAUCGGAAUCGGCAUCCUCUCCACCGACGAAAUUUAAAUUUGAAAUUCCUCGCCGGAGACAUAGCCUGUCUCGCCGGCGCCGCUUGAGUGGAGAGAAUGGUUGAUCCGAAUUGGGAGCUGAAGGACUGCUGUAACCGCGAUCAAAGGUUCUUCCUUAUCACCAUCGGCGUUUUCACCGUUGUUAUCCUAGUUUUGUGGAGAACAUUCUUUCUGACUCCUUUUAAGCUCAUUACUGUAUUUCUUCAUGAGGCGAGUCAUGCGAUUGCUUGUAAACUAACAUGUGGCCAGGUGGAGGGGAUGCAAGUUCAUGCAAAUGAGGGGGGAGUGACACAAACACGUGGUGGUGUUUAUUGGUUGAUCUUGCCUGCUGGAUAUCUUGGCUCAUCAUUUUGGGGAAUGGUUCUCAUACUUGCAUCAACAAAGCUUCUGACUGCAAAAAUAGCUGCUGGUUGUUUUAUUGCAGCUUUAGUUGUGGUGCUGUUCAUUGCCAAGAAUUGGACACUUCGAGGACUUUGCAUUGGAUUCAUCAUUUUCAUUGCUGCAAUAUGGGUUCUUCAAGAAAUGACUAAAGUGCGGAUUCUUCGAUAUGUCAUUCUCUUCAUUGGUGUUAUGAACAGCUUGUUUUCUGUUUAUGAUAUAUAUGAUGACUUGAUAUCGCGAAGGGUUAACUCAAGUGAUGCUGAGAAGUUUGCAGAACUUUGUCCCUGCCCUUGUAAUGGUGUUGCUUGGGGAGUUAUCUGGGGGAUGAUAUCUUUCAUAUUUCUUUGUGGGGCUAUGUACCUUGGACUUGUCAUUUUAUCUUGAGGUUGAGUUGCAUGACUCUGAGUCCCUUGUGGUAUGGAAGAGUGCAACAAUGUACUUAUUCUCACCUCUUCUUUCUACAUCAUUUUAUCAUGAUUGUUGUAUAUUUGUCAUGACAUCGAACAUAGAUCUUGCAGAUGUAUUCAGUAGCCCAUAGCUCAUUCUUUUGACCCUUCUUACCUAUAUAGGAUGUGGCUUAGUAACAUUUAAACUUGGGUUAUUGCUUAAUUAAAUUCAUAUUGUUGUUAA